AUGAAAGCAAGGUUCCGCUCAUUUCUCAGUCGACCACCAGUUGAACCAUCACCUCGUUGGGGUCAAUUCUCUGCAGUUGACGGACACCAUUACAUGUGGAGGGGGGCUGGUCCAGGACUGAGAGGGUCUAAUAUCAUUGCUGUGUAUGAUCCAAGCACUGAGCUGUGGAGCCUCUUGCCCACCACUGGACCUCUACCCCCUGAAGAGCGGGGUGGUUGCUCUGUUUGUGUAGGUCGUUGCCUGUACACCUUUGGUGGUAGUGAUGGGUCUUCUUACGUCAAUGACAUGAGCAAGCUUGAUCUGGACACUCUCCAGUGGACCAAAGUUCAAACCUCUGGUAGUCAGCCUAUGAAAAAGGCUUUCUGUGGACUUGUCCGUGUGAAUGAGAGAACUUUGUGCUGCUUUGGAGGACUCGGUAUUGAGGGCACCACACAACCAGGAUCAACAUUCACCAAGAGUGGACACUCUGAUGGAAUGGGAUGGACAAACGAGUUUCAUUUCUUUGACACACAAAAUGGUAAUUUUAUCAAAGUGUGUGGUCGUCCCCCCCUGAGCUCAGAGGAGAGAGAGACCUCCUCCCUGUGA